GCACAGAGGAGCCCCUUGCACAAGGCUUGUGGGGCCGCCAACGCCGGCCUGGCACGUUUCCUCCUGCAGCAUGGGGCCGAUGUCAACGCCAUCGACUACAACGGCGUGUCCCCGCUGGGCUGUGCGCUGCAGGGCGCUGCCUUCAAACAGGACCUGCAGCCCCAUCUUGCCGUCCAGCUGCUGCUCAACCCCGCGCCCCCGAAAAACCCGCCUUCACCAAGAGGGAGAAAGAUCUCCAGGGCAUGCCAGGACAAACCCUACACCCACCUGAUACCAACAUGGGACUAUCCCAGCCUGGGCGCUGGUGGGGUGCUGAAGUCCUGCGCGGCCGUGCCGGAGGUCAUCGAAGUCCUCCUCAAUUCCUACUCGCAAAUCCCCAUCACCAAGAAGUGGGCUGAGGCUGUGCCGGAGGAGGUGCUUCAGCAGCACCAGCUCUUCUACGAGUCCCUUUUCCGGCUGGCGGGCACAGUCCGGUGCCUGCAGCAUUUGUGCCGCUCCGCCAUCCGGGACAAGUUUGGCAGCAAAUGCCAUUGCCUUAUCCCUUUGCUGCCUGUGCCCAAGCCACUGCGUGAUUACCUGCUGCUGGAGCCUGAAGGAGUCGUGCUUUGA